AUGUUCGGGGGAUUCUUCGGGGGCCCUGGCGGCGGCGACGGCGUGUUCGAGGCCCGGUACCGCUGCUACCCAGUGAGCUUCUGCGACAAACCAGAACUUGAGGGAGGAGACAAGGUGAUCCUGCCCACGUCGGCGCUGGACCGGCUCGCGUCCCUGCACAUCCAGUACCCGAUGCUCUUCGAGAUCACGAACGCGAACGCCGGCACGCGGACGCACGGCGGCGUCAUGGAGUUCAGCGCCGAGGAAGGAAUGGUCUUCAUGCCCUACUGGAUGAUGCAGAACCUGCUCGUCCAGGAGGGCCAGGUGGUGAAGUUCCGGUCGGCGUCGCUGCGCAAGGGCACUUUCUGCAAGCUGCAGCCGCACACGUCCGACUUCCUCGACAUCUCCGACCACAAGGCCGUCCUCGAGACCUGCCUCCGGAACUACUCCUGCCUCACGCGUGGCGACACGAUCAUGAUCCCGUAUAAUGGGAAGAACUUUUACAUUGACAUCAAGGACACGCGGCCAGACGAAGCCAUCUGCGUCAUCGAGACGGACGUCCAGGUCGACUUCGAGGCCCCGAAGGACUACAAGGAGCCCGAGCGCAAGCCCCCGGCCGCCGCCGUCGACGACGCUGCGAUCGCAGCUGCGCUGGACGCUGCCAAGGCCGCCAACGGCGCCGAGGCCGCGGAGGAGCCCGCGGCCCCGUCGUUCACGCCGUUCGCGGGCGGAGGGUACAAGCUGGGUAGCGGGAAGAAGGUCGAGGGCGUCGCACCGCCGCCGCCGCCGCCGUCGAGCACUGGUGCGGUGGCGGGGUCGAGCGGGGGGCCGUCGCGGGAGGCGAGCACGGGCGCAGCUAGCGUCGGGGGCGUCAAGGCGGGGAAGGUCAUCAGCGGGGGGCUCGCGGGGAACCGGUUGGCGGCGAUGCGGGCAGCGGCGGAGCGCAGGGCUGCGGGGGGCGGUGCGGCUGCGGCGGCGCCAGCCAAGGAGGAGAAGAAGGAGGAGGAGCCCAAGGUGAAGCCGUUCGCGGGGAAGGGCUACUCGUUGAAGGGGUGA